AUGAAUCCAGGACAUUCUUUAGAAUUUCCUUUGAAAAGUGAAACUGAAGGUGCAUUAUCACUACCUUCCAUAAAUCAAGAAAACAGCAACUUGGCUGCCUUUAGUGGAACCAGUGAUGGAGACUUUAUGUCUCUGGAUUCAUUGAUGGACAUCAAAAUAGAGCCAGAGGAAUUCUGUGAGUCUAAUGAAGAUGAUGAAUAUUCAUAUGAAAUGAAUUCAACAGUGAAUGAAAAACAUCCACAAACUUGCAAAAAGGAAGUAAAACAAGAGAGAAGGAUCCGUGACAAUGGAGAGAAGCCUUUUGUAUCCACUGACUGUGAAAAAGCAAUUUACAAGAAAAUUAAUCUUACAAAUGAUGUCACAAAUCCUACCAGAGAGAAAUUCAUAUGCAAUGACUGUGGGAAAGUAGUUUCCAUGAAACAUAAUCUUAUAGUUCAUAUGAGAAUCCAUACAGGAGAGAAGCAAUUCAUGUGCAAGAAAUGUGGGAAAGCAUUUUCCCAGAAACCACAUCUUACAAGUCAUGUGAAAAUCCAUACCGGAGAGAAGCCAUUCAUGUGCAAGGAAUGUGGGAAAGCAUUUUCCCAGAAACCAAGUCUUACACAUCAUAUGAGAUUGCAUACUGGAGAGAAGCCAUUCAUUUGCAAGGAAUGUGGGAAAGGAUUUCUCAGGGAAGAUCGUCUUACAAUUCAUAUGAGAAUCCACACUGGAGAGAAGCCAUUCAUAUGCAAUGAAUGUAGGAAAGCAUUUUGCCAUAAACCAAGUCUUACACAUCAUAUGAGAUUGCGUACUGGAGAGAAGCAAUUCAUAUGCAACGAAUGUGGGAAAGAAUUUCCCAGGAAAGAUCUUCUUAUUACAAUUAUUAUGAGAAUCCACACCGGAGAGAAUCCAUUAACAAAAUUGCAACGGGAAAUGUGGAAAAGCAUUUUCCCAGAAACCAAGUCUUAA